UCUUCCUUUUCUAGAAAAACUGGGUUGCACAAUUCCGGUCUGGUCUGCUAUAAAUAGGGGGAGAGCAGGGCUCGCUGUGCUGUAUCUGUAACAACUGGAAGCAUAAUGAACUUCCUUUUGGCUUGUGUGAUUGCCGUGGGCCUUUUGGUAACAGCAUGUCAUGCUUACUGCAACUUUUAUCCUCCCGAGUUGGGAGAAGCCAAAGGUUGCCUUUAUAAAGGCAAGCUGCAUGAAUUGGGGAGCAAAUUUAGAACAAAAGAUUGUAUGGACUGUUCCUGUGAUAUGGACGGCUCAAUGGAAUGUUGCCAAGGAUAUGGUACUCCAGUUGCAUAUGAUAAGGAAAACUGUAUAUCUGUUUUUAAUAAGAAAACCUGCUCUUUUCGUGUUGUGGAAAAGAAAAAUCGAUCAAAGGAAUGUGAGGUUUUUGCUAUGGUCGGCUAGGGUCUCCUUGGGUUAGAGCUUCAUGAAUGUAAUUCAAAUCCUUAUAUACAAAGAACAAACAAUAUGUAUUAUAUGAAUAAAUGUAUAAGAAUAAGUGAGAAUAAUGUAACAAAUAAAAAUAAAAUCAUAAAAAGAACAAA